AUGAGUGAUGAAGCAUUUAGGAGCCGUUUCCAUCUUAAUGACGCUGAUAACAAGAAGAAAUAUAGAGAAGAUCAUGUAGAGAAGUUCAAUGAUUCAGUCGAAUUUCUUCAAAACGUUACGGGAAUAAGUCAGGAAGAUGCGGAAGAAAAAAUUCUCAAUGAUCUGAUCCGCAUAACAUUUGUGGAAACAAACUUGACUGUCAACGGGCAGCAGAACGCUGAACAAUUGUUUGCAAACCUGUUAUUGGCUAUCAAUGAGGAACAAGAGAUUCCAUUCAAAUCGGCUCAAGAUUUUGAAAACUUCCGUAAGACGAUCCACGUGGAUGAAGAGUUGAAAAACUUUACCGAACAAGAAGCCCAGUUGGACUACUCCUCGCUGUUUUAUAUUUCAAAAACUAUUCCUGGCUUCGUCUAUGACAAAGCCAGUGGUCGUCUUGGCUUAUCUCCAGACGCCGACAGAUCUCUUCUUCUGAAUGCACCCAUUUUCACGGAUACCAUCAAUUCGUCCCACCCACUGAAACUGGACCUUUCUCGCACUGUAGACGCCUGCGCGAUCAAUGCCUGUACCACUUAUCCGGACCGUCAACAGACGAGCAUCCACAGUUGCAUUUCACCCAAUAAUCCGAGACUUCAAGUUGAAACAUUUCGGAUUGAGCCGACGAAACUGUGUUUGGUGGAUGCCGAUUUCGAGAGAGCCAAGGAGAACAUUGACAAACGAAAGUCGCAGAGUUUUGAGAAAUUCUUUGCUGUAUAUGGGAACCUGAACAAGGAGGAAGCAGGAGAAGACCAAAAGGAAAUGGAAGCAGCUGAUGAUGUAUAA